GAUUUCAAAGGUACUGCAGAAGAAAGUAGCCGAACUGGACACUUGGAGGACAUCAGGGAACCUGUGGGAAUGGCUACUGCUGCCCUGCCUUGCCUGCAACUGUCUGCCCGCAGCUCCUGACUGCCUGCAGCACUGCACAGUCUGGAAGGAGGAGUGGGAAUCACCUGGCCACUAGUUUGGACUCUACAGCCUGAAGCAGAUGAGGAGAGAGGUUGGUAAGCGCAGAAGCACCAAUGGAGACGUCUCCAGCUCAUCCCAGGACCCUCAGCCCUCCAAGGAGGGACAUGGCUUUGUUCCCCAACCCAGCAGUGGUGCUCAGCGUGCUUCAGGUAAGCUUUAUGAAGAAGAAGAGGACGAUGCGCUGCCAGACUCGGAUGCCCUGCCGGACUCGGAUGAUGAGGUGGAACUGGAUAAGCCACGCCCCAUACAGAUUGUCCUUGCUCAUGAAGAUGACCAUAACUUUGAAUUAGAUGAAUCAGCAUUGGAAAAAAUCUUGCUUCAGGAACAUAUUAAAGAUCUUAACAUAGUAGUUGUGUCUGUAGCGGGAGCUUUCCGCAAAGGAAAAUCUUUUCUGCUGGACUUCAUGCUUAGAUACAUGUAUAACAGGACUUCUCCUUGUUGGAUAGGUGGAAACACCGAGCCAUUGACUGGGUUUACAUGGAGAGGUGGAUGUGAACGGGAAACCACUGGCAUUCAAAUCUGGAGUGAAGUGUUUGUAAUUGAGAAACCUAAUGGAACAAAGGUUGCUGUACUACUCAUGGAUACCCAAGGUGCCUUUGAUAGCCAAUCCACUAUCAAAGACUGUGCAACAGUUUUUGCCCUGAGCACCAUGACGAGCUCUGUCCAGGUAUACAACUUGUCUCAGAAUAUUCAGGAAGAUGACCUUCAACACUUGCAGUUGUUUACAGAGUAUGGAAGACUAGCUAUGGAAGAAGUUUACCAAAAGCCGUUUCAGACAUUAAUGUUCUUAAUUAGAGAUUGGAGUUAUCCAUAUGAACAUGCAUAUGGCUUGGAGGGAGGAAAAAAGUUCCUAGAGAAAAGAUUGCAGGUCAAGCAAAACCAACAUGAAGAGCUACAGAAUGUAAGGAAGCAUAUUCACUCCUGUUUCAGUAAUCUUGGGUGUUUCCUGUUGCCCCACCCUGGUCUUAAAGUUGCAACAAAUCCAAAUUUUGAUGGGAGAUUGAAUGAUAUAGAUGAGGAUUUUAAGAAUGAGCUGCGGAAUUUGGUACCAUUACUGCUUGCCCCUGAAAACUUGGUAGAAAAAGAGAUUAGUGGAUCCAAGGUGACCUGUAGAGAUCUUGUAGAAUACUUCAAGGCUUACAUUAAAAUCUAUCAAGGAGAGGAGCUACCUCAUCCGAAAUCUAUGCUGCAGGCAACAGCUGAAGCGAACAAUCUUGCUGCUGUGGCAGGAGCAAAAGACUUGUACAGCAAAGGCAUGGAGCAGGUGUGCGGGGGGGACAAGCCGUACAUCGCCCCGGCGGACCUGGAGCGGAAGCACCAGGAGUUCCGGGAGAGCGCCAUCCAGCACUUCCGCUCCGUCAAGAAGAUGGGAGGGGAGGAGUUCUGCCGGCGCUACCAGGAGCAACUGGAGGCGGAAAUCGAAGAGAUCUAUGCAAACUUCGUGAAGCACAACGAUGGCAAAAACAUCUUUUAUGCUGCUCGUACCCCUGCCACUCUGUUUGCAGUCAUGUUUGCCAUGUACAUAAUCUCAGGACUGACUGGGUUCCUUGGCAUGAACUCCAUAGCUGCCCUGUGUAACCUUGUGCUGGGGAUGGCUCUUAUAUCGUUUUGUACUUGGGCAUACGUUAAGUACUCUGGGGAAUUCAGAGAAGUUGGAACAGCCAUUGAUCAGAUCGCCGAAGCUAUAUGGGAACAGGUGUUGAAGCCCAUGAGUGAUAAUUUGAUGGAGGAUCAUAUGAGGCAGUCUGUAAAAAACUCUAUCAAAGCAGGCCUGACCGAGCAGGUGGCUCACCAUGCCAGACUAAAGACAGACUGACAGUUCGUCUCUUCAACUCUGCCCUCUCAUCCUAGACAUGCUUGCUGUACCAUGAGAACUCAGUAAUAAAAAAAAAAUAAAUAAAAAUAAACCAAAGUUUACAAUCAACUGUAGAAGUAGUUUAGUGUGAUUGGCUUCACAGAUUGCUGCCAUCACCGGGGAAGAGUUAAGUUUGUCAGUGCUCAGCUCCUCAAACUGGUGCCAUGGAGCCCGCUGGGGUGGAGGGAGUGGCUCAGUUUUACACAUAGUCCUGGUGCCCCGUGUUGGGGAGGGAGGGGAGCUUCCCCAGGUUGACGGGGGCAGCCUGCCCCUGCAGCAGCUGCCUUCAGGGAAGUGUCACAGCGCUGUCCCCAGCUCGGCACGCCCUCGCCGGCUCCAGCGCGUUCCUCGCGCAGCCCGGCCGGCGGAGCACCGCGGCAGCCGCUCCAUUGCAGCGUCUCUUGCUUUCUUGCCUUUACCAGUGUUACACAGGUGCAUGUGCUGGCUCCUCACGCAGACCUGGGCUGUCAGGGAGGCAGUGCCUCAGCACAGAGGGUGGCUUGCCUUGAACUCGCAGACCUGGUCCCGAGGGAGGUGCGUAUUGGAACUGAGCUGUCUUUUUCUGCAGUUUAGCCUUCAUGUAUAUAAUAUUGCCAUUAAUUCUACUGGGGAAGAAAUUCCAUCCAAAAAUGUUGCCUACAGCUACCAAGCAAUGAGUUAGGAUUGUCUGUACAGUGUGUUUAGUUUUUAUUUUUUAAGAAAUCACAGAUAGGGCAUGUAUAUGAAAUAUAAAUAUAUAAAUACGAUUUUGUAUCAAAGUUUUGUAGUUUAUGGCAAAACCUGGUUCUGUGGUAGCUAAGUGCAGUUCCUGUAAAGGAAUGUUUGUGGCUCAUGUAAAUGUGUGACUGCAUCAACAAUUUGAAGUUUUUUGAUAUAUUUGUGAUAUUUACCUGCCUUGAGCACUGCAAUCUCUCACCCCCUUGGAAAAAUCAAUGGGAAUGUUUGUUGUGAAACUCUUGUCUUCUGUUGCAUUUUAAAGUUAUUUCCUGUAAUUUAUUUUCAGUACAUGAUUAAAAUCAGUUGUGUAUAUAUUAAAUGAAAUCAGUGCUUAUUUUUAAAAGAUGUUCAAGUAUUGUAUUCUACUACAUAAGCUAUGUCAAAUACUUAUCCUGACAAUUAUAUGAACAGAUUUGUUCUAUUGUACUUCAUAGCUUUCUAUUGAAGCCGAUGUUCCUCUCAUGCUUGUUUCUGGAAGGUGACCUCUGUCCAGCUCCUACCCCCUCCCUGUAUAGGAAAACCUCCUGCUGUUCUUAAGCACGCUUUUGACUUGUGGAGUUGCUUGUCAGAUUCUGCCCUCCAGCAACUGUAUCACUCUGAAAUCUUGUUACUGGCUUUACUUUCAUUCUUGGCUAAAUCAGUAUCAACUGUGUGGAGUGUAAAGGCAGCUAAACAAUUAACUGCUGUAUUUUCAGCUGGAAAUGGCUGUGUGCAAUAGCUGGGUUUUUUGCAUUCCUAAAUGGUAACAAUUUUCAUCAACAUUUGAGCUUUAACAUCUCCCCUCUCUUGAGUGAGGGAAAUCAUCUGUCUAGGACUAAAGCAAUUGCACUGUGACUCUUGCACUGCGAAGAACUGCUGGGGAGUGGUGGUUACCUGCGCUCGCAGGCGAGGGCUCAGCUCCAGGGGAAUGAUGCUAAAGAUGAGGUAGGAAUGUCGCAUUUUAUGAUAUCUCAACCUGUACAGAUUAAAUACUGUUAUUCAAACAAG